CUUGAUAAGCUAUCGUUAUUAACCUCAUCACAUUUUCAGGUUUCAGUCUUAGACCAUACUGGUCAACUGCCUAAAAGAUCAAUUUCACACAUAUCCUUUCAUUCUUAGACCGCAAUGGCUAUUGAUAACACGCAGAUCUAUGGCAAGAGGCUGAUACCUCAGAUCUUGGAUAGCCUGGCUCGUUCCGAGCCCGAUCGCGUCAUAUACUCGUUGGCCUCAUUUCCAGAUCAGACUGCCCACUUCCGAACGAUCACUGCUGGUGCAUUUGCAAAAGCAGUGGACAAAACGGCUUGGUUUCUACAUGAUCGACUCAAAGGGCGCAAUGAUGCUCAAGAAAAUGGCAAUGGUGCACAUCAGGAUAGAUCCGACAAGGGGAUCUUGCCGAUAGGAUACAUCGGCCCUCAUGAUUUGCGACACAUUCUGUUACUUUACGGUGCUCUUAAGGCUAAUUGUGGGGCCUUGUUUUUGUCCCCUAAAAACAAUGUUGAGGGUGCUUUAGCGGUUCUCAACGCCGCGAAAUGCGACAUAUGGAUCAGACCACACGGACAAGCAACGCUUCCUCUGGUUGAGGCUUUCACAAAGCAAAAGUCCAUGAUGAUUCUAGAGCUACCUUCACUAGAAGAGCUUCUCGAUGCAGAGACUACCGAACCAUUUCCAUUUACAAAGACCUUUGAAGAAGCGGUGCACGAGCCAUUCUGUAUCACACAUACAUCUGGCACCACGGGAGUUCCAAAACCGAUCUCAUGGACUCAUGGGUUGAUUGGGUCAUUGGACGCUGUACGCUUGCUGCCGCCAACUGAUGGGGAUCACGGAUUGAAACCGUGGACUGAUAACUGGAAUGAAGGGGACACAAUUUACUCUUCAUUUCCCAUGAGUCAUGGUGCUGGUAUGCUCAUGGACAUUGUCGUACCGGCAUUCUUCAAGCUUCAUUGCGUUCUAGGUCCUCCAGGAGUCCUGCCUAACAUGUCGCUGGUCGAAAAUCUGCUCGAUCAUGCCAAAAUUGAUAUUUGGCAUUUCGUUCCAUCACUUGGAGACGAAUUAGGCGAGACUCCAGCAGUUUUGGCAAAAUUUACAGAGGCCAAAUUCAUUUGUGUUUCCGGUGGUCCUGUUAGCCCUAGCAUUGUCACAAAAGUCAAUGAUGUCGUCAGAGUUCUCAACCUGACAGGAACUACGGAGGGUUUAUUCAUGGGCGUAUUAUGGCCGACACGAGAAGAUUGGCAUUGGUUUGCGUUUCAUCCUCUCGCAGGAUUCGAGUUCAAGGAAAUCGAGCCAGGCGUCUACGAGCACUGGGUUCAUCGAAAUCCUCAAUGGGAUUUAUUCCAAGGCGUCUUCUACACGUUUCCGGAUCAACAAUCUGUCAAUCUCAAAGAUCUCUACAAACGACAUCCCACCAAGCCAUAUCUAUAUGCGUACACGGGGAGAAGCGAUGAUGCCGUAGUCUUGUCCAACGGAUACAAGAUUGCGCCUUUGGACGCAGAGGCCUUGAUCACAACACAUCCUGCAAUCGAGGGCUGCCUUGUCAUUGGACAAGGUAAACCGCAGGCCGGGUUGCUCAUCGAAUUGAAAGACCCCUCGGCCAGAACCAACGAAUUGUUCGACAGCAUCUGGGAGAAGGUGGAGCGAGCGAACUCAUCUGGUUUCCAAAAGACCAGGUUUCAGAGGGACUAUGUUGCCUUUGCAGAGCCAGAUAAACCCUUCAUCCGCACGGACAAGUCAACAAUCAAGCGCCGAGCAACUCUAGACCUCUAUACAGACUUCAUCGAUCGUUUCUAUGCUACAAGAGAUGAAGCACCGGCUAAUGAGGAAUACGAUGAGUAUUCAAUUGACACAACUUCAGAUGAGACCAUCUUGCAGUCUGUCCAAAGGAUUAUGACAUCGGUAAUUCCAGAAAUUGAGAACGCCAGUCCAGAUGAGGAUGUCUUCGAUAUGGGACUAGAUUCUCUUCUUGUGUUCCAAGCUAUCAGAACCAUUCGAGGAUCUACAGGGUUACAGGAGCAGAUUGCUCCCAGGCAUCUAUAUGCAAAUCCAACACUCGCCAAAUUCUCAGCACAGCUUGGGACAAUACUUCAACAACAAGCAGAAUCAAAGACAACUGGACUAACCAAUGGACAAGCCAACGGGCAAGCCAAUGGACCGAACGACCAAGGAUCCGAGAAGUCUAUCAUGAAACCUGUCAAUGGAUUAACGAAUGGACAUGAUGGCCUUCAGAAUGCGAUACACGAAUACCAGCGACGGACGGGAUUCAAGAUGAACCCGUUCGAUGCAGUGAACCCGAAUCAUUACAUGGGUUUCACCUUCUUCUUUGCGUUGCCUCCUGAUUCGAACUUUCAACAAGCCUUCGAACGUCUGCAAGCUGGUCUGUGUCGUGCUUUCCAGAUCAUUCCAGAGCUUGACGGCAAGAUGAUGCACGCUUCAGAGCACGAGUUCGGCUACAAGAAGGGCGAAUACGCCAUCACGAUACCACCUCCGUCAAUGGCGACCACCUCCAAUCCCAGACAGCUAGUCUACAAGGAUAUGACAAAAGUCCUUCCAUCGUUUUCAACGAUGCGAGACAGCAAAUUUCCGCCUCCGCUCUACGAAGACAAAACCGUCCUCGAUUGCUAUCCGUUCCCAAGCAUGCCCGCCGACGUAAUGGUUGCUCAUGCGAACUUCAUCGAGGGCGGAUGCAUUUUGGCCACAAACUUCAUUCACACUUGCUUCGAUGGACUGGGCGUCAUGGUAGCUCUAAGGGUCUGGGCAGAAUGCUGCAGGUACGUGCAGGGGGAUCAAUCAGCAACGUGUGAUUGGUAUGAUCCUCAAAGUUUCAACCACAGCCUGCCCGAGAUUCUCUACCAGCAUGAGGGACAUGUGAAGGCCGUCCAUGAAGUCGAUAAUACCGUGUGGGACUUCUUGCCAUUCUUCCCACCGGAUUACAGUGCUGAAGAACGGGAAAGCAGGAACAAAGCAAUCCUCAAAGGCGCCUCACUCAAUGAUCUAAGACCAGUCUAUCGACGGCAGCCUCAAUGGCCAACGGCUCCUUCUGAUCGUUCCUUGGCCAGCACAUUCUUUUUGGUCUCCCGCGAGAAUCUGCAAAAGCUCAAACGUGAUGUUAAUAGCCACCCUGAAGUCAAAGGACAGACUCCUUCUAUCAGCGACAUUGUCCAGGCAUUUCUGUGGCAAACAGCCAUCAGGGCAAGAUAUCUCGUGGCUAAAGAACACCGAGGCCAAACUUUUGGUCCGGACGAAAUUUCCAUUCUCGAAAUUCCAAUCGAUGGCAGGCUCUAUUUCUCGGGCCAUUUGCCGUCCACUUAUAUGGGCAGCUUGCUCAUCAUGAGUCGCACGAUGAUGCCUGUGGAAGAGCUGUGCUCGCCAAACACAAGUCUUGCCAAAGUUGCAUAUCUGAUUCGCAAAACAAUCGCCAAAGUUAACACUGCAUUAGUACACGAUGCGUACACACUGUUGCGUUCCAUGACGGACUACACCAAGCCAGCGACUGCGAAUAUGGGUCUCGAGCACAUGAACGAGAUGAUUUCUAACAUGAUUCUGUGGGAACAGGAAGACAAUCUCUCCUCAUUUGGAGAGGGCAUAUUUGCCGGAGGAAGGCCAGAAGCCGUGCGCCCACAGAUUGAGCGUGGGCAUAGGCGCUUCCGAUUCUCCCUCGUUCAUCCGCUGAGGGCUGAUGGCGGCGUGGAGCUCGAGCUGGGCACCCUGCCGGAGGAGCUGAAGAUGUUGCAGCAGGAUGAGCAUUUCACAAGAUAUGCGAGACUACUGGAUAUCAGGCAUGGGACGGGCUGGUGAACGGUGUGUAGACAGUAUUAAUUCUAGUGAUAUGCAGAGUUUCAUUACAAGCGG